ACGUCGGAGGGUGACGUAGCGCCGCCGGACAAAACUUACGAAAAUAUAUGUGGUUCACGUACUUUUUCGUGUUACCAAGUACAAGUUGAGUUGUGUUUGUGAACUUCAACAUGUUUUAGUGGAGCAGAUGUGUCCGAAUUGGCGUAGUGUUUAAGUUAUUUUGUGUUUUGUUUGUUAUUUACGAUGAAGUUGGACUCGGGAGUUGGUAGGCGUCGCGGCCGCAGCCUGCUCGUCAGCCUCGCAGGAUUCAGCCUCCUGCUAUGGGUCGGAGCUAAGGCCGCGACCCCGCUCGGCCCCUCCGAGAGGCCCGAGGCCUAUUUCAACGGCAGCUCCUACAUACGACUCUCGAGGCCUAUAUCGCUCAAGCAACUCGUCGGCCUCAACUUUCGGACAUGUGUCGGUGGCGAGCUGUUCUCCCAACGUUUCGCCGGCUACACUCUCCACGUGACCGCCCUCCUGAAGCAGGUGGUGGUGUCCUGGGUCCGGCCUGGACAGCAGCAGCGCGAGCAGGCCAUGAACAGGAGCACCCUUGACAACAAGUGGCACUGGGUGGCGCUCAACUACCAGGCCAACCCGCCCUCGCUGCAUCUCGAGGUCGACAGGGUGUCCAAGGUGAUAUCGAACCGCACGCUGAACCCGUCGCUGCUGUCCCCCGGCAACCUGCAGGCGGACGGCGCCGAGGUGCUGGUCGGCAACGUGUUCGUCGGCUGCAUACACGAGGGGCCGCAGCUCGAGUUCCACGCCAGCGCGCAGCUGAGGAACGUCGAGUUCGGGGACUGCCCACUCACCAACAACUGCACCGUGCGACAAGAAGACGUGCAACAGCAUCUCCCCCGGGACCGCUGCUACAACGAGCCCUGCAUGCGGCACGGCACCUGCAUAUCCAGGCUUGACAACUACGAGUGCAUCUGCUCAGCGCGGUACACCGGCAAGAACUGCGAGGUGGACACGGGGGACCCCUGCGCCUCGGGCCCCUGCCAGCACGCGGGCAGGUGUGUCGAGGACGCGCGCGGCGACUACCAGUGCGUCUGCGACCCGCGGUACCACGGAGUGCAUUGCGAGCUGGAGGUGUCCGAGGACCCGCUGUGCGUGGCCGGGCCGUGCCGCAACAACGGCAGCUGCAGCGUGCCGCCCACCGCCGACACCUACGUCUGCUCCUGCCCCCCUGGAUACACCGGCCGAAACUGUGAAACCGAUGUGGACGAGUGCGCCUCCUCGGGCGCCAGCGUGGCCUGCCUCAACGGAGGCCGGUGCGUCGACGCGGUCAACAACUUUACCUGCGACUGCUCCGGUACCGGUUACACGGGGCCCCGGUGCGAGUCCAACGUCAACGAGUGUCUUGAGGAGCGGGACAUAUGCGGCCACAACGGCCUGUGUUACGACACGUACGGCGGGUUCGUGUGCGUCUGCCAGCCGGGGUACACGGGCGAGCGCUGCCACAGGGUACGUUACAUGGGAGUAGUGAUCCAGACAUGUGCGGCCACAACGGGCUGUGGUACGUUACAUGGGAGUAGUGAUCCAGACAUGUGCGGCCACAACGGGCUGUGUUACGACACGUACGGCGGGUUCGUGUGCGUCUGCCAGCCGGGGUACACGGGCGAGCGCUGCCACAGGGUACGUUACAUGGGAGUAGUGAUCCAGACAUGUGCGGCCACAACGGGCUGUGUUACGACACGUACGGGGCGGGUUCGUGUGCGUCUGCCAGCCGGGGUACACGGGCGAGCGCUGCCACAGGGUACGUUACACGGGUGUAGUGAUCCAGGCAUGUGCGGCCACAACGGGCUGUGUUACGACACGUACGGCGGGUUCGUGUGCGUCUGCCAGCCGGGGUACACGGGCGAGCGCUGCCACAGGGUACGUUACAGGUGUAGUGAUCCAGGCAUGUGCGGCCACAACGGGCUGUGCUACGACAUGUACGGCGGGUUCGUGUGCGUCUGCCAGCCGGGACAUGUGCGGCCACAACGGGCUGUGUUACAACACGUACGGCGGGUUCGUGUGCGUCUGCCAGCCGGGGUACACGGGCGAACGCUGCCACAGGGUACGUUACACGGGUGUAGUGAUCCAGACAUGUGCGGCCACAACGGGCUGUGUUACGACACGUACGGCGGGUUCGUGUGCGUCUGCCAGCCGGGGUACACGGGCGAGCGCUGCCACAGGAUGUCCCCGUCGCCCUGCACGUCCAAUCCCUGCGGCGCCGGCGGCGAAUGCAUCGAAGACGGCCCUGUGGACUUCCACUGCAAGUGCCGUCGCGGCUGGGCGCCGCCGCUCUGCGCCACCCCGUUACCGGCCAGCUGUGAUGUGACGUGUCCGCCGCGCUCGCACUGCAAAGAGACCGGUGUGCCGACGAUGGUUACCGGUGUAAUGAUACAGAAGCAAGUGAUGUGCGUUUGCGAUUUAGGAUUCUACGGCGCCCCAGGGUUGUCACCGAACUGCACUACCCUAGAGCUGGCCUGUGAGUCAGGGGUGUGCCAAAACGGCGCCACCUGCAGCCUCGGCACCGACCAUUUCAACUGCACCUGCGCCCCUGGAUAUAAAGGGGCCUAUUGCGAGCUGGCCGCUGCGAAGGCCCUCUCGGACCUGAAGGCGGCCCCGGAGCGGUGUUCGGCCCAACCCUGCGCUCACGCUGACGCGUGCCAGGACACGCCGAUGGGCUUCCGCUGCUCGUGCCUCCAGGGCUGGUCAGGCGUGCGCUGCGACGUGCCCGACACGUGCUCGCCCCCGUGCCUGAACGGCGGCGUCUGCGAGGACGGCGCGUGCACGUGCCGCGCGGGGUACGAGGGCGCGGCGUGCGAGCUGCCUGACUGCAGGGCGGCGGGCUGUCCGCACCAACAGGAAUGCGUCGAGCAAAAUGGCACGUGGCGUUGUAUCACACCAGUGGACCAAUCAGCGUGUACCCCUCACCCGUGCAACAACGGUACCUGCAUGCCAUUGGACGGCGGCGGCUUCGUGUGUCAGUGCGGCGCCGGCUUCAAUGGUGAGUGUUGCAUCACACUAGUGGACCAAUCAGCGUGCACCCCUCACCCGUGCAACAACGGUACCUGCGUGCCAUUGGACGGCGGCGGCUUCGUGUGUCAGUGCGGCGCCGGCUUCAAUGGUGAGUGUUGCAUCACACUAGUGGACCAAUCAGCGUGUACCCCUCACCCGUGCAACAACGGUACCUGCGUGCCAUUGGACGGCGGCGGCUUCGUGUGUCAGUGCGGCGCCGGCACCAAUGGUGAGUGUUGCAUCACACUAGUGGACCAAUCAGCGUGUACCCCUCACCCGUGCAACAACGGUACCUGCGUGCCAUUGGACGGCGGCGGCUUCGUGUGUCAGUGCGGCGCCGGCUUCAAUGGUGAGUGUUGCAUCACACUAGUGGACCAAUCAGCGUGCACCCCUCACCCGUGCAACAACGGUACCUGCGUGCCAUUGGACGGCGGCGGCUUCGUGUGUCAGUGCGGCGCCGGCUUCAAUGGAAAGUUCUGCGAUGUCGACAUCGACGAAUGCGCGGUCAAACCGAAGAUAUGCAACAACGGGGUGUGCGUCAACUCGCCUGGUUCCUACCAGUGCUAUUGCAGGCCAGGGUACACUGGUGAAAGCUGCGAGCAAGAUAUAAAUGAGUGCCUAUCCGCGCCGUGUAAAAACGGAGGCGUGUGUCACGACCUGGAGAACAACUUCGAGUGCACGUGCAAGGAGGGCUACAAAGGCAAAGACUGCUCAAUAGAUAUAAACGAGUGCGACUCUUCGCCUUGCGCAGAAGGCUCCACUUGCGUAGAUGGCGUGGCGAGUUAUUCUUGCGUGUGCCAGGACGGCCUCACCGGACCUACUUGCGACGUCAACAUUGAUGAUUGUGAAUCCCAACCGUGUCAGCAUGGCGGCCGCUGCAUCGACGGCCUAAACACAUACACCUGCGACUGCAGUAACACGGGCUACGCCGGCGUCCACUGCGCGGUCAACAUCGACGAGUGCGCCUCGCAGCCCUGCGAGAACGGUGCGACCUGCCGCGACCUCGUCUCAGACUACCGCUGCGAGUGCCACCAGGGGUACACCGGCAAAAACUGUGACGUGGACAUCCAAGAAUGCGCAAGCAAUCCGUGCAAGUACGACGGCAUAUGCGUGGAGCACAGCAACACCAGCCUUUACCAGCCGGCAGACGGGCCCCCUGUACAACUAGGCCCACAGCCGCAUAUGGUGCUACCAGAUGUGUUUUACAGGCCAUUCUCGCCUGAAAACGCUCACGGCUACGAAUGCAUAUGCGUGUUCGGCACGACCGGGUCCCGCUGCGAGGUGAACAUCGACGAGUGCGCGGCGAGCCCGUGCCGCCACGGCAAGUGCGUGGACGGCGUGGGCGGGUACUCCUGCGAGUGCCUGCCCGGGUACGAGGGCGAGCACUGCGAGGUCGACAUCAACGAGUGCAACAUAUACGACCCUUGCGGCAUCCACGGGCGCUGCUACGACGGCCGAGCGACCUACUACUGCGCCUGCGACCCCGGCUGGGGCGGGCGCAACUGCUCAGUCGUUCUAGAAGGUUGCCGCCAACAACCAUGCCGUAACAAUGGAACCUGCCUACCGUGGCUGCGACACGAAACUGAACAUCGGUUCAACUGCAGCUGCACCCCGGGCCAUCACGGACGCACUUGCGAGAAGAUCACAACUAUGUCCCUGGAAAAGCGUAGCUACGCCGAAAUCAACACGACCCGCGAGGAAGGCUACGAUAUCUCCUUCCGCUUCAAGACCACUCUGGGCAACGGCCUGCUGGCCAUGGGGCGGGGCCUCACCUACUUCUUCCUCGAGCUGUCCAACGGCAGGCUUAACCUGCACUCGUCGCUACUCAACAAGUGGGAGGGGGUGUUUAUAGGCUCCAAUCUGAACGACAGCAACUGGCAGAAGGUGUUCGUCACAAUCAACUCCUCGCACCUGGUGCUCGCCGCCAACGAGGAGCAGACCAUCUACCCCAUCAGCCAGAACGAAGCCUACAACUCCUCAGUGACAUCCUUCCCGACCACCCGUCUCGGUACCGCCGGCUCAUCGUACGCCACCGUGACGCACGGACCGAACUUCUUCGUGGGGUGCUUCCAGGACGUGGUCGUGAACAACCAAUGGGUGCUCCCAGAAGACUCGAACGCCACCGCCCCGGACCCGGAGCUUGAGGAGGCGGACACGGUGGUGCGCGCGCAGCUGCACGGCGUGCUGGCCUCGUGCCCGCGCAAGGAGCAGUGCUCGCCCAACCCGUGCCGCUCGGGCGCCUGCGAGGACGCCUGGAGCUCGUUCGUGUGCACGUGCCCAAGGCCACACCUCGGCGACACGUGCCAAUACAACUACACCGCCGCAACUUUCGGCCAGGAAUCCGCGACGCCCCAUUCAGUGGUGACAGUGGCGGUGCGCGAGAGCGCUCGCCGAGCGGUCCACGCCGCGCUCGACAUAUCCAUGUUCAUACGGACCCGCAAACCCACCGGACAGAUAUUCUACCUGGGCUCCAUGCCGAGGUACGGCCAAACGGAGGAGACGCUGGUUGGCGCGUCGCUGAAGGGCGGCGAGCUGCUGGUGCACCUGCGGUUCAACCAGACCCCGGAGGACUACACGGUGGGGGGCACCAGGCUCGACAACGGGAACCUACACCUUAUACAGGUUGUGAGAAACUCAACGUUGGUGCAAGUGAAACUGAACGGGACGGAAUACUUCAGGAAAUCCAUUUCGGCGGCGAAACAACUGGAUGCUCAGGUGCUGUACCUAGGCGGGCCGCCCACGCCGCCGCCCGCGGCGAGCACUCCCGCGCCCUCCUCCCCCGCGCCCACCCCCGCAGCCCCCGCCGACCCGCUCCCCGCGCCGGUCACCCCGAGGGUGCCCACCGACGCGGACUACUUUAAAGGUGUCAUACAAGAUGUCCAGAUCUCGAACGGCGUGAACGUGACGAUAGUGGAGUUCUUCCCGCUGCGCGUGUCCGGGCUCCGGCUGCCGCUCUCCUUCGGCGACGUGACGCUCGACCCGGCCGGCGUGCUGCCCGGCGAGGUCUCCGACGACGCCUGCGCCUCCAGCCCGUGCCUGCACAACGCCACCUGCAGCGUCACCUGGAACGACUACACGUGCUCGUGCCCUCGGGGCUACAAGGGCAAGCAGUGCGCCGAGGUGGAGUUCUGCCAGCUGCAGGCUUGCCCGGUCAACUCGCACUGCCGGAACCUCGACGGGGGCUACGAAUGUAUAUCUAACGCGACGUUCGACGGCGUGAACACGACUCUGGGCUACCGUCUGCGGCGGCCGCGCUCGCUGGAAGGCUACUCCGACGUCCAGCCGCCCACCUCCAUCACCAUAACAUACAGGACGAAACUCGGCGGCACCCUCUUCAGAGCGGAGAGCGUCACCGGCCCAGACUCCUGGUUCACCGUCGGCGUGUACAAGGAGCAGGCGUCUCUGGAGUGGCGGCUCGGCGGGGCCUGGCCGGAGAAGAGGUCCAUACGGCGCUCCCUGCAGACGCACUCGCAGUGGAGCGUCCUCAAGAUUGCUGUAGCAAGAGAUAUGCUCACCGCGGCCUUUGUAGACUCCACCGGGCACGAUGAGAUCACCACGACGUCGCCGAUAGACCAGGCGGCCUGGCAGCUGUUGCUGACCGACGGACGGAUCUACCUCGGCGGGUCGGCGCCGCAGGAACACACACUGCAGCCCGCGGUCGAAACGUCGACGGAACAAAACGUGUUCGAGUACACGGAGGGAGACGGGUUCACAACGGACAACGACGCCGGCAAAUACUUUAAGGGCUGCAUGGGCGCUGUGUACGUGGGUACCCUGUUGUUACCGUUCUUCACCGACGGGGAGCUGUAUGUCGGCUUGGCGGCCUCCAAACGCGAUGCGCAACCCCACUACGAACUGAUAAGCGGCAGGCCUUGGGGUACCGCCGACGGCGGCACCACAAUAGGCUGCGUGCUGUGCCUCGAGCAGGACUGCGCUCGAGGCGGCCGCUGCGAGGACGUCCGCUCCUCGUACGCGUGCGCGUGUCCCGCAGGUUACUCCGGUGACUACUGCGAGGUGAGUCCGGGACCCUGUGCCAGCAGGACGGCGGCACCACCAUCGGCUGCGUGCUGUGCCUCGAGCAGGACUGCGCUCGAGGCGGCCGCUGCGAGGACGUCCGCUCCUCGUACGCGUGCGCGUGUCCCGCAGGUUACUCCGGUGACUACUGACGGCGGCACCACCAUCGGCUGCGUGCUGUGCCUCGAGCAGGACUGCGCUCGAGGCGGCCGCUGCGAGGACGUCCGCUCCUCGUACGCGUGCGCGUGUCCCGCAGGUUACUCCGGUGACUACUGCGAGCAGGACGGCGGCACCACAAUAGGCUGCGUGCUGUGCCUCGAGCAGGACUGCGCUCGAGGCGGCCGCUGCGAGGACGUCCGCUCCUCGUACGCGUGCGCGUGUCCCGCAGGUUACUCCGGUGACUACUGCGAGCAGGACGGCGGCACCACAAUAGGCUGCGUGCUGUGCCUCGAGCAGGACUGCGCUCGAGGCGGCCGCUGCGAGGACGUCCGCUCCUCGUACGCGUGCGCGUGUCCCGCAGGUUACUCCGGUGACUACUGCGAGCAGGACGGCGGCACCACCAUCGGCUGCGUGCUGUGCCUCGAGCAGGACUGCGCUCGAGGCGGCCGCUGCGAGGACGUCCGCUCCUCGUACGCGUGCGCGUGUCCCGCAGGUUACUCCGGUGACUACUGCGAGCAGGACGGCGGCACCACCAUCGGCUGCGUGCUGUGCCUCGAGCAGGACUGCGCUCGAGGCGGCCGCUGCGAGGACGUCCGCUCCUCGUACGCGUGCGCGUGUCCCGCAGGUUACUCCGGUGACUACUGCGAGCAGGACGGCGGCACCACCAUCGGCUGCGUGCUGUGCCUCGAGCAGGACUGCGCUCGAGGCGGCCGCUGCGAGGACGUCCGCUCUUCGUACGCGUGCGCGUGUCCCGCAGGUUACUCCGGUGACUACUGCGAGACCGAUAUAAACGAGUGCUUGCAUAACAAAUGCCAAAAUGGAGCAACUUGUCGUGAUCUCGUGGCCAACUACACCUGCGAAUGCCCUGAAGGAUUUACCGGACAAUUCUGCGAAACGGACAUCGAUGAGUGCGCGUCCACGCCGUGCGAGCACGGCGGUACGUGCACGGACACGCCGGGCGGCUUCGUGUGCACGUGCGCGAGCGAGUGGCGCGGCGACCGCUGCGAGACGCCGCGCGAGCGCACUUGCGCGCACCAGCCGUGCCAGCACGGCGCCACUUGCAGGGACGUGCCAGACGCACCUCGAGGCAACAACUACACCUGCACGUGCUCAAGUGGCUGGGUCGGCGUGCACUGCGAGCGCGCGUUCUGCGAGCUGCAGCCGUGUGAGCAUGGAGCCUGUGUCGCCGACGGGGAGGUACCAGCGUGCUCGUGCGAGCCCGGAUUCACCGGCGUCCACUGCGAGACGGAGAAGGACGAGUGCGCGGAGGGGGGCGCGCAGCGCUGCCUGCACGGCGGCACCUGCCGGCACACGCGAGGCGGGUUCCUGUGCGUGUGCCCGCCAGCGUGGACAGGCCUCCACUGCGAGGCCGACGUGGACGAGUGCGACAAGGACAGCGUGAGCUGCGGCCCCACGGGCACGUGCGUCAACCUACCCGGCUCCUACAUAUGCCAAUGCGAGCGCGGCAAAUGCGGUCACGAGUGCGCCCUGGCCGACCCAUGCUACCCGGCGGGCAACGACACGGGCCCCUGCGAGCACGGCGGCGGCUGCACGCAGCGCUGCAGCGACCUCGUCGACUACACCUGCGAGUGCAUCGACGGCUGGGCCGGCAAGAACUGCUCGCAGCAGAGUGUCGCAUCUGAAUCGGAAGGCAGCGACUCGACGUCGUCCACAGUACUGAUCGCGGUCGGGUGCGCGCUGCUCGCCGCCGCGCUGGCGGCGCUGGCGCUGGGCGCGCUCUGCGCCCAGGCGAGACGCAAGCGCGCCACCAGGGGGACUUACAGCCCGUCGGGGCAGGAGUACUGCAACCCGAGGGCGGAGAUGAUGCACCACGCGCUGAAACCGCCGCCAGAGGAGCGCCUCAUAUAAAGAGCCGAGCCCCGAGCGGUCACCGCUCGACCACACAAACGCCAAGUACCUGUGCCGGGUGUUACUCCACGACCUGGCAUCGCCCGCUAAUCAAACUUAAUUAUGUAGUACUUACUCAAUGUGACUAUCAUGUAUUUGACAAUAUAAGCAUGGAUGUUCAAUGUAUUGUUGUCGGUAUUAGGUAAUUAAAAUCAGGUUCGGUAGAAUUUAAUACGCUAAAUGCGCAUUUUUGUAAAUAUUCUAAGAUUUUAUGUUAUGACUAUGAAUUUUAAAAAAUGUGACAAUGAACUACAAGUAUAGCCGAUUGAAAUGCUAAACUAUUAUCAGAUUUGUCAUAAUUGAGAUAUCUAAAUGAAAUUAACGUUUUAAUAUAAGAAAAACCUAUAUUCCAAAUUAUAGUAUAGGUAGAGCUGACUUUAAAAAAAGAAAAAUGUGUCUUUAAGGAUGUGACUUGACAGAGCAGGAGGUAGGUAAAUAUGAGCUUGUAUUUUUACUAUUCUCCGUAGAAAGUUUAAUAGUAACAGUACCUAGUAAGGUUUCCAUAGUAUGUACUUCAAAUUACAUGUCCCUUUAGGGCUCAUUUUUAUUUUGUUGUCGAUUUUGUUUUCGUUAGGUUUGGAUAAAAUUUGGCUGGUUCGAAGAACUCCUCAUUCUGGGUGGAUUAAAUACGAAAUCCUAAUUAGGAACAAAAAAAUAUUAUUUUUUAAAUUACGAAACUAUUUUCAUACGUUUUCGUAACUCAGUGAAAGAUUUUUUCAGGACAUACGGGUUAAAAUUAUGUACAAAUUGUAUCGAAAACUGACGAGAUAAAAUUUUGAUAAAAUUAAAAACGGCCCUUUAAUGUGUAUGUUUUUACCUGGCGCGUUCGACGCAAAGAAAAGGAGUACCUUAUAUAAUGAACCUUACAAUCAUAGUUAAAAAUCAGUGUUGUGACACGUCAUGUAAAAUAUAAUGAACUAAACGUGUCAAACCAUUUGUGUUAUUAACCCUUUGAACGCUUUAUGUCAUAAACACAAACAUCACUCAAACGCCAAGAUCCCGGGCGCAAGCGAGCUAAUGUAAACCCUACUCGAAAGUGUGAGGGUAACUCCGCCAUAACACCUAUAGUGGUCCUUGGCGCUAUGGGCACGACUAGUAACGACACCUUUAGGUGUUCCUGGCGUUCAAAAGGUUAACUAUCUAUUAGUUCAGGAAACUUUCUGUACUUCUUGAAACUGACAUUCCAUAUAUUUAUAAUUAUCAUAUUUAGUGUUAUACAACUUAUUUACGCACUACUUGGGUGUUCAAAAUUAUGCAUUCGUAUUUUAUAUCUAAUUAAAGACUCAAGUUUAUAACACUGAUCAAAUUUUAUAAAAUGACAAUCAUUUUAAACUAUUUCUAUAAAUUAUGUACUUAAGGUAAAUUCUAAAUUUAUAACGGUGUGCGUCCACGUAGAAGUUUUAUCGAAUGACUGCUAUUUCAUAUUAGAUUAUAUUUAGUAGUGAACUACCGAAAUGUGAUUAGAAUUUGCGACUCUCCUUCUGUUCAAUUAUAAGUAAGCAAUCCCCGGUUCGACGGGAGCAAACAUUCACGUAUCGACAUCCAUGUGAAACAAGUUUUGAAUUAUCCUAAUUAUAGAUCUCUUCAGUCUUCGUGCCCUGAUAAAAUGGCCACUUGUGUUGAAAUUGGGUUGAUAAAGAAAAUAAAUAAAUAUUAUAGAACAAUUUUACACAGUUCGACCUAAUCCCACAAUUCCCACAAAUCAGACGUUAACGUCAAUUUAUGUCAGUGAAAUAUUAUGACCAAUAUGACCUUGUUUGUUGAUCAAUUCUUCGGAUUUUUUACAAUGUCGAUAAGCAUAAAUGAAACAGGUUUGCAAGUAAGGGGAAAAGUAACUAUAUGUAUAAAAUUUACGCUAGACAUGUGUCGUUCACGAGUGAGUGAUUUAAAUGAACUAUAUCUUUUGAUUGAACUCGCUCACUCUUCAACUCACUCAGUCGCUCACCUAUCUCAGUGUUCCUUGCGCGCUCUUUCCCACUCAUAAUUCGAAUGAGCCGGCCGAGCGUAACAAGCGAGUGAGCGAGUGAGACGAUCUGCGAGCGAAAGAUAUGAAUUAAUCUUAUCAACUCAGUGAAGCGUUUUGCGCAUCUCUAAUUGACGCUCUUAUUUUAUAGUUACGAUUCAAAAAUUCAUAUAUGCUGCUUCAUAUGGAUAUCGAUAGACGUCGAUAUUUAAACUAAGGGUGUUUUUGCUCCCGUCAAACUGGGGUUCAUAAAUAAGUCUGUGUUAGUUUAAAACUGAGCAUGGAUUUGUGACUCGUGUGAUACGGCAGAAUGAUGAAUACUUUAAUAUUAAGAAGGUAAGAGCGUAGCAGAUUCUAAACUAGUAUAAGAAGUGACGGUGCCGAAGGUGAGCGACGCGCUAUGCUUAUAGUUCACGUGUUUCUAGUUCAUUGUUAUGUAAAUAGUUCCCACAACUAUACUAGGUUCGCAGUAUUAUGGUUCACGCAGUCAUGACAAUAAUUCACAGCUCAAAAGUGUUCAAAACGAUAAUUAAGUAUAUGCAAGUAGGUAAAGUGAACUUUAAGGCUAAACGACAUAUCGAGAGUUGAUAAAGCUGCAUUAUGACAUUAAUAACCGAAAUUUUGUGCGUCAAAAUAACAGGGUUCAUAAGACAUUCUGUGUACCUAAAUGAGGUGAGCAGAGCGAUGCUAUAAGUAAACAUAGUAGGAGUAGUUGUACUUACACCUAUGCUUUAAAACUCCGUCCAAGAUUGUUCUCAUUCUUGAAUUUCAUUGUGAUAACAAAUAUAUAUUUAUGAAUAAAAAAAAAUAUUAAGUACACAUAUUUUUGACAUUUAAAUAUAUAAGUACCUAACUAUGUUUGGUGGCUAAGCGAUUUCUUCUACAUUAUGCAAAAGCGAAUGCAAUUUAACGCAUUGUUAUAAUGUGUGAGUAUUUAGAACUACUGCAGAGACUUGGUGUUGGUUGUGUGAACUCGCAUGUGCCUCUCGCGUCAAAUGAUGGUCCCUAUGACAGUUCAUUUUAUAUGGAGUACUUUAGCUGUCACGUAAAAUGUUUGUAGACAUUUUCUGAAAGUUUAGCACAUAAAUUUAUUUAGAAAUGUAACAUUUAAAUAAUAAAAAUUCGGUAAAUCAUAUUGCGUCCAUUAUUUUUUAAUUAAGCCCAACCAAAAGAGACUUGAAGGAACUGUCGUAGGGACCAUCCUUCGACGCGAGAGGUAUAUCUAACGACGAGGUGAAAUAGUUAAGUAAAGCCCCUCUUGUAUGUAGUUGUGAAGUGUUUGAAUAAAUAGUAAUACAUAGAUAGGUUUGCAAACACAUUAUUUACUAAGUUAAGAAGUUUGAGUAUUUUAGCCCACUUAUCAUUAUAUUGUCAUGAAUAAUCCCUCAGUUAAAUAGUUGUCAAUGUCGAGUUUUUUUUUAUGUACACACACAUGAAAGAGAGGCUUUACUUAAUUUUUUACCUAUGUAUCGUCAGGUGACAACCAAAACUCACUAAUUACUUACUAUCACAAGCUAAGAGCCAUAUUGAACCAUAAUAGUACCAAAACAAAGUUGAUUUUUGUUCAAUUCGUGAGUAUUGGUUGUGGUUCUGACGAUUUACAAUACUGGCCAAUAAAUAUCAUCUUCAUUAUUUUCAUGUUUGCUAAAUGUGAGUUGGGGGACCUAGUGAACAAAAGCUAUCAACAUGAAAAUUGCGUAUUAUUGUUUUUGAUCGUACUCACCAAUUACCUACCUUUAUUUUUGUAACUAAAAAUCUGGACCUGAACUCACUGCACCUUAAGAAUGUGGUAUACCUAAUAUUAUUGGCCGGUACUGUAAGCACUGUUUUCAGCUGUUUGUUUUGAGCAUAGUGCGCGCGCCACGGCCCGUCGGUGCCUUACCCGACCAGUGUGGGGCGGUGUACAGUCAGCAAGAAAAAUAUUCAAGCGAAUAGUUCAAUAACUUGAAUUGUGAUAACAGUCAAACCCCGUGCCGUGCAAUGUCACGAUUAGUCUUAAAAAUCUUAAACUAUACACAUCUAAUACAUUGAAUAAACCUUUGAUUGUGAAAAUAGUUCAUUUUCAUUACAACCCUAGUUCACUCGUUUAUUAUCAAUGUUGACUGUACACGUAAUAAGAUGUACUUAAUAUAUAAAAGCUUUUUAUCUUUUACUUUAUAUUGACUUUUGUAUAUCGAUGUAAGCUUUUAUAGACAAUGUAUUUGAUAGGCGCUAUAUCUUUGGGGUAUUUAUUGUAUCGUUACACAGUGGAACUGUAACGUUAGGGCGUAGUAGGGGUACCUAUUACCUAACGGAGCGAUCGCAUGCAAGCGGGUGCCAUUGUUGGGAAAAUCCAUCGCACGCGACUGCGCCAGUUAACGUCGUUGCUCAUACUAUUCCUCGUUAACCCGCUCACCCGCUCCGUGCAACCGCACCACCUAGCGGACGCCCUUACACAAUAGACAGUGCGUAUUCGUUUUAGCUAAUAGAUAAACUAUAACACCUUUUAUAUACCAGCU